GAGGCGUUUAACCAGUUUCCCCGUAUUUUCCCGACAAACAGCAUAUUUCUGUCCAGUUUGUAAACAGCUUACAGAUGGCAAAGAACCUCGCUCGAUUGUUCGGGUUGUUGUCAUCCACGAAGACUGAGCUGAGCCGUCGGUGUGCCCGGGUUUUAUUCAGGACCACACUGAACCGGACCGUGAUGCUGAGAGCAGUGCCAUCAAUUCUUUCUCCCAAACCUCGGGACUUCAGCCUGCCGAACCCUUCGUGGGGCGAAGAGAUGAUGCGGUUGUACAACUAUUAUAACAGCCAAAGUGAGGAGGAGACGGGGGGAGAAGAGGAGCAGGGGGGCCAGUGGACGAGACUGCCGAGCUAUAAUCGGUCUCUCAAGUAUGCAAUAGGCGGAGUUUAUCUAAGCAAGAUAAUCCAGUCAAAAGCUCGUCUUUUUACCAGAAACAUCAGACAGACCGGAUCAGCGUUUGAGUACGUUGUCUUCUUUACCAAAGACAAACAGAAGUGUGUGUGCAUUUUCCAAGCUGGACACCUGCUUGAGGGGCCUCCGGGACAUGUCCACGGGGGGGCAGUAGCCACCAUGAUUGAUACAGUAACGGGAACUCAUGCUUCCCUACAUUGUGCACCAGUCAUGACUGCCAACCUUAACGUCAACUACCGCAGCCCCAUCAAGCUGGGAAGUACUGUCCUGAUUGAAUCAAUUCUGGACAAGCAGGAAGCCAGAAAGACGUUUGUUUCCUGUAAAAUAACCAGCUCAGACGGCUCCAAACUGCACACAGAGGCAACGGCCCUGUUUUUGUCAAUCAGUGUCAGCCAUCUUCUGAAAGGGUGA